AGUAGUAUUACAUUAUUGUCAUUGUCCGUACAUCAACUAAAUUUAUUUAUAAAUGGGUUACUUGAUUUGUAUUCCAUGUUGGAUCUCAAGUUCAGGUUGAUAUCAGUGAGGCAAUAAAAUGAAAGACACAAGUGUUGCUUCCGUCGGAAUAGUUCCUGAAGUACUGACCUUCGACAACUAUGACAGAUGGAGUGUUUUUAUGAAAAAUUAUCUGAUUGGGAAAGAUCUAUGGGACGUUGUGACGAGUGGUGAUGAUGCUGAGCACUUGAACAACACCCCAGAUGUCGAGAAAGGUCUCGGCGACUCUUCUGAAGUAAAUCAAAGAGCUGAGGUUUCAUUGAAGAAGAAGAAUGCAAAAGCUUUGCACAUUAUUCAACUAUCAUGUGGACGGCAGAUUCAGAAUGAGCUUUUUGAUUUUGAAUUAGCCAGAGAUGCAUGGAAUCACUUGUCAACAAGAUACGACAAAAUUUUAAAAAUCAUAGUGGAUAAAGUGCAGCAAGAUGAUGAUGGUCUUUGUGUGGAACAAAAAAAGCUAUUCAAGAUGGUGAAGAGAGGUGAUUCUAUUGAAGGGAUGGAAGUAGAUCCGAAUGUAUAUGAUGUUACAACCUCUAAUUCAGAGAGGACACUGCUCCACAUUGCAGUAAAUGCUGGAAACCCAAAAAAUGUGGAAAUAUUGGUGACAAAAGGGGGGGACGAGUUUGUAAAAAAGAAAGAUAAGCAUGGUGAUACAGCUCUUGCUCUUGCAGCUUGUUAUAAUGCAAAAAUGAAAAUAGUGAAGACCCUCGUAAAUAGCAAAAUAGGGAAGAUGUUGCUGAUGGAGCCGAACGAAAAAGGAGAAAUCCCCAUUCAUUUGGCUGCCGGUAAAGGAUACAGAAAAAUGACUUGUUAUCUUUACGAAGAAACUCCCGUUGAAGUGUUCAACAAAGAUUCACGAAAUCGAGUUUUACUUCUUGACCGAUGUAUAGAGGCUUAUAUAUUUGAUGUGGCUUUGAGGUUACUCCAACUUUAUCCGGAUAAUCUAUUUAAUGAAGCCGCAUACGGUGAAAGCAACAACGAAGAUCUACUUGAAGAAUUCAGCAAAUUCUCCGCCUUACUUUCAUUGGCUAAAUUGAACCGUGCCCUCUAUCGUCCCACCGUAUUUCCAUCAUUUUUCACCAAAUUCAUUUAUAAUAGUUUAAGCGUAAAACAGUUUGAAGACAAGUAUGGGAUUCCCGAAGUCGACAUUGUGAAGUUUACGCGGUCGGUUACACUUAGACGUGUUCCCAAUAGAAGUCUACGUACGACUUCUUCUGUGAAAUGUUGGUCACCACGUCACUUCCUCAUGCUACCGGGUCAACUACUUCGUGGAUUUCGAUGCUCGCUGGUUCAUUUUUUAAAGGACCGAAAUGUUUUGGGAAUAAGGUCAAUAUAUACUUUAAAAUUUAUGAAUUAUGAAGCUCAGGCAAUAUUGAAAUACUUGAUCCAAAAUAUAAAAGGAUUUAAUGGUUUAGGGCUCAGACAAGCUUCAGCACAUGAAGCUAUGCUGUAUGCAGCUAAGAAUGGAUCAGUUGAGUUCAUAAAUGCUAUGAGGGAAGUUAAUCCUGAUCUACUGUCAGUUACCGACAACGGUGGUAGAGGCAUAUUUUGGCAUGCUAUUCUCAAUCGCAGACAAGAUGUGUUCCAACUCGUAUAUUUUCUCAAUGGAAUGGAGAAGGAUAUGAUUAGAGAUCACUCAGACAAUGAAUUGUUGCACAUGGCAGCAGUACAUUUUGUUCCUUCAUCUAGUUUCGAUAAUGACAUAUUGAGUCCUGUUAUGCAAAUACAAAGAGAAUUACAAUGGUUUCAGGCGGUGGCGGGUGUUGUGCAUCCCAUCUGCCUGGAUGCCAAAAAUGAGGAUGGUAAGAAGCCUUUUGCUGUAUUCUAUGAAAGCCACCAGGAGCUACUGAAAGCUGCAGAGCAAUGGACAAAAGGCACUGCUGGCACUUAUAUCACUGUGGCUUCUCUCGUCCUUACUAUCAUGUUUGCCGCAGCCUUUACUAUCCCGGGUGGAAACAAUCAACAAACUGGGAUGCCCAUAUUCUUGGAUGAAAAGAUAUUUAACAUGUUUCUUAUUGCAGAUAUGGUAUCUAUCUUUGUUUCCGCUUCUUGUGUCUUGGUUUUCAUUGGGAUUCUCACAUCGCGUUAUCAGGCAAUGGAUUUCUAUUAUGCUUUGCCUUGGAAGUUAAUAAUUGGCAUUGUGCUCUUUCUUCUAUCUAUCUGCUCCAUGAUGGUUGCACUUUAUGCUGCGCUUAGUUUAAUCUUAAAGGGGAAUCACACCGGCUCUAGGGGGUUCAUUCUAGGAUUCAUGUUGUUCCUUGGCGGUGUUCCAGUUAUCAUUCUCUUAGUAUCUCAGCUACGCUUCAUCUAUAAGUUUAUCCGUUCUACAAUCAAAAAUCCUGUUAGUUCUAUUUAGGAAGGGAUAAUAUAUACAUGCCAGAAAAGAUAUUUCAACAAAAGAAUGUGAGUGAUCAUUGACAAUUUGGCAAACACCAUGAUGAAUUUCUUAUUCAAGAAUUAUUUUGCUGUCCUCUUUAAUGAUUGUGUUGAUACUAAAUAUAUGUACAAAACUCAAGUUUAAUGUCUGCGGCACACUAAGUGUGUUGUUCUAUUGUUUGUAAUUAGACUUAUAAUUUUGAUAAAACUUAUAUUGUGAUUUAUCAAUUGAUUUUGUUCAAAGAGAACAUAAUAUAAAUUUUUUUUGUAUAUUUUAUAAGUUGAAAUUUUCUUAAUAAAGAAAAACCUUAUUUGGUUUAAGAGUGAUCAAGUAUCACUAGUUCCUUCAAAUAAAGAACGGUCUUAGUACC